GUGUGUGUACCGAUAACUUAACAUUGCAUAAUAAUGUCUGGCCGCGGCAAAGGUGGAAAAGCAAAAGGAAAGGCGAAGUCUCGCUCAAACCGUGCUGGUUUACAAUUUCCUGUCGGUCGUAUUCACCGGCUUCUUCGGAAAGGCAAUUACGCUGAACGCGUCGGUGCAGGAGCUCCAGUGUAUUUAGCUGCUGUGAUGGAAUAUUUGGCUGCUGAAGUCUUGGAACUAGCGGGAAACGCUGCUCGCGAUAACAAGAAGACUAGGAUUAUUCCUCGUCAUCUCCAACUUGCAAUCCGCAAUGACGAGGAGUUGAACAAAUUGCUGUCUGGUGUUACCAUCGCUCAAGGUGGUGUAUUGCCGAAUAUUCAAGCUGUUUUGUUGCCGAAGAAAACCGAGAAAAAAGCUUAACUAGUAUGUGACUAGUUUCUUCUACAACCUACACGAAUGGCCCUUUUCAGGGCCACAAAGAAUUUUCAAACGAAGGAAUUACCCUAACUAAUUCAUCAAUCAACUUUCCUAUCUUUUUUUUUAAAGAAAAGACAUUACAAUAAUAGUAGAAUAUAAAAAAAAACCGUCCAACUAUAUGAAAUUCACCAGCUAAUUUAUUUUCUGUCAUUUGGACGAAUUCAGAAAAUACGUCUUCUAAUAAACACAAGCCGUCAAUGGCACUAAAAGUGAAUAGAUUAAAAAAAACCUCGUGAGUGAUCCAGAGAAACUAAACAUAUGAAGAAAGAAAUCGCUUGCACAAUGAAUAUAAACCUUCCUGCAUUCAUUUAAAAGUAGUUUUGAAGGAACAGUUCUACAAAUUCAAAUGUAUAGUAGAGUGUAGAGCAGGCAUGGCCAAGUACACGUGCCCCACUCAGGGAUCUCGUAAUUUUCCGUGCAUGGCUCGCUUCCCCUCUUUUUCGCCCGUAUUUCGAUCCCCACUACU